AUGGACAUGGCAGACAUGAUUGAGGCGAGAAGCAGGGAUGGCAAGGACUACGGCGUCAUUAUUCUGCCAGAGGGUCUGAUUGAGUUCAUCCCGGAGUUCAACGCCCUGAUCUCGGAGAUCAACGACAAGCUGGCCCAGCCAGGGGUUGAAGCCACGGAAGAGGGUGUGCUGGCCGUCCUGUCCAAGGAGAAUGCAGAGUGCUUUAGGUACCUGCCCAGCUUCAUUCGUGCACAGCUGCUCUUGGACCGCGACCCCCAUGGCAACGUCCAGGUCGCCAAGAUUGAAACCGAGAAGCUCUUAGCUGCUACGGUGCAUGCGGAGCUGGACAACCGACGUGCCAAGGGGUACAAGGGAAACUUCUCUCCGCAGUUUCAUGCUUUUGGAUACGAGGGCCGUGCAGGGCUGCCAACUGUCUUCGAUGCUUCGUACUGCUAUGCGCUGGGCUACACCGCCUCGUCUCUGCUGGUCACUGGCUGGACAGGACUCAUCGCGAGCGUGAAAAAUUUGCUGGCGCCCUGCAAGGAAUGGCAGUGUGGCGGGGUACCUGUCACCUCCCUGUGUGUGAUUGAGCGCCGCAAGGGCAAGGACAAGCCGGUCAUCCACAAGGCACUUGUGGAGCUUCAAGGUGCUCUGUCGCAGCCCUUUGAAUUCUACAAAUCCAUCCGCGAACAACUGCGCAUUUCGGACAUGUAUCGCAACCCAGGCCCAAUUCAGUUCGAUAUGGUGGGGUGCGAGGCAUCCAAGGACAUUCCAAUGACUCUGCAGCUCGAGCUUGGCAGGACACUGCCGGUCGAGUUCCCGACUGAGAAGCCCAAAAGGAUGGGGAACUUCCUGUUCCUCCCACAUGCGAAGAAGCUGCGGUCGGAGUUGCAACAGUGGCGAUCAGCAAGGCAACACCGUCUUCCGGAGUCGCUGAGUGCUUUCAACGGCAAUGCUGUAACAGUUCAUCGGGGAGAGGCAACAGUUGUCAACGACCACACAGAGGUGGUUUCGCGGUACUUCUCGGAAGUUCAUGCUCCUCUGCUGGACAUUCUGCCCACUGAGGAGAGGACAGCCCCGAUCGAGAACAAACGGAUCGGCGUCGUGUUCUGUGGCCGGCAGGCACCUGGCUGUCACGACUUCGUCUGUGGCCUCGUGGAUAUGCUGCCCCCGAAUUUCGGGAACAAAGUCCUCGGCUUCGUGGGCGGGACGCAUGGCUUCUACGAGAAGCAGACGGUGGAGAUCACCCCCGAGCUGUGCGACGCUUUCCGCGGAACAGGUGGCCUGGAAAUGCUUGGGCGCACCGUCGAUCGCAUCAACACCAAGGAAGAGUCCGAGAAUGCCAUGAAAGCGUGCCAGGAGCUGAACCUGGACGGCUUGGUCUUAGUCGGCGGUGCCCGCACGAACACGGAUGCUGCUUACCUGUCCGAGUUCUUCAAGACCAACAAGGUGAAGACAGCCGUGGUCGGAGUUCCUUGUGGCAUCGAAGGCAGCAUGGUGAACGAAUUCGUUGAGGCGUCGUUGGGCUUCGACUCUUGCGCCAAAGCCAUGGCACAGCUGGUCGGCAACACGGCCAUCGAUGGCUCCAGUGCGCGAAAGUAUUAUUACUUCCUCAAGCUCAUGGACGGCUCCACGACGGGAGGCAAGGUACCCUCAUCCCAUGUGGCGCUGGAAGUCGCACUGGAAACAAAGCCGAACCUGCUCUUGCUGACAGAGGAGGUUGACGACCACCGGACAUCCCUCAGAGAACUGGUUAGCGACAUAGCCGAUGUGGUAUCUGAGCGCGCAAGCGCUGGCAAGAACUUUGGAACCGUCCUCGUCGCAGAGGGCUUGCUGGCAGCCAUUCCUGAAUUCCGUACACUGAUCACCGAGCUGGAGGCCCUGCCCAUGCCGAGCACCGUGGAGAAGGUUUUGCCAAAAUUGACCACGUGGUCUGCUGCGCUCUUCCAGAGCCUUCCAGAGUUCAUUCAGAAGCAGCUGUUGUUGGCGAGGCAGAGCAAUGCCGCCCUCCAGCUGUCGCAACUUGAGACUGAGCGGCUCAUGGCCUGGCUCGUUGAGGACGAGUUGAAGAGUCGCAAGAAGCAGGGCACAUUCAAGGGCAGCUUCUCACCAGUGUGCCAGUUCCUCGGCUACCAGGCUCGCUGCUCUGUUCCUUCCGACUUCGACAGCGACUAUGCAUAUGCGCUAGGUGGCUGCGCAGCCAUCCUGACUUCCAGGGGCCACAACGGCUACAUGGCAGUGGUUUCUGACCUGGCGCAGCCAGUCGAGCGCUGGCAUGUGGGCGGCGUUCCUUUCACGGCAAUGUUGCAGGUGCCACCCACCACGCCGAAGGAGUCUUUCCGGCCCCGGCCGGGCAUCUUCCCCCACAAGGUGGAGCUGGAGAGCGGGGCAUUUAGAAAGUGGAAGGAGGUCCGAGCCUCCUGCGCAAGGGAAGAACUCUACGAGAAUCCUGGUCCGAUUCAGUUGUCUGGGCCCAGCGCGAGCCGCGUCACCAAAACCAUUGCUACUCGCUUUUCUUACUUGCAAGAGCUGAAGGCGUUGCAGAGGCACCUGGACAUGCUGAGGGAACGCUGCCGUCCGGGAUGUGACCUCCGGCAGGUGAAGGUGGCCACCCAAUCGCUGGCGACCUUGAACUCUAUCCUGGAUGAGCUUGCAGAGCCAUCCUCAGCAAGCCCAAUGCUUGACUUUGAGCGCGCCUGGCCGCCGCCCGAGGGCGCGGCGAAGCUCCGGGAGCAGCUCGUACAAAUCGAGAGUCGGGUGCGCGAGGUUUUCAAGCCACUGCACCUGGCAAAGAAAAAGGAUUCCAAGGAGGAAGGGGCCCCUGCCCGUCCGCCGCUGCCUCGCGGAGCUUCUGCUGCAGGGACCCGGCGGCGAUCUCCGAGGCAAGCGGCAUCGUCUCCAAGGCGCCUGCUUAGCACUGCUGAUGGCAUGCGGUUCGAAGUUUGUCUUGGGGUUGUCGCAGCACAAAAGCCCCCGUCCUCCAAAAUAUAA